AUGUCUCUUGUCAACCUAGCCCAUGUCUGUUCGCAUUUGAACAAUGCCACCAAGGCUCGUCUCGGCUUUACCUCUAUCCCAAACUCCAACCUUCACCUAAAGCUAUGCCUCGCCCUUCAGAACGACGGUUUCAUUUCUUCUGUUGUCCGCGGAGGUCCUGAAGCACCCCCUAUGCACAAUUUGCUCGGAAUCCCUACCGGACAUGGUGAAGGAUACUAUGUGGAGCCAGUGACACAAAUCAACGUUGCCUCACGGCGGCUCUGGCUGGGGCUGAAGUACUGGCAAAGUCAACCGGUUCUCUCAAAGAUCUCGAUGGUCAGCAAGCCCACGAGACGACUCACGAUCGAUGUUGCUGGCCUGCGAGAGGUCGUUCGCGGACAGAAAAGUGGCUACAUUGAGGGACUGCGAUCUCCCGGAGAGAGUCUGUACCUCUCAACAGACAAGGGUAUCAAGGAAGCGCGGGAGUGUGUGGAGAAGAAGCUCGGAGGGCUUGUCCUGUGUCGCGUUCUAUAA